AUGGCUACACGAAAAAUCACUACAGCAACACUAUACUUCGGCUUGAUGUGUGUUGUGCACGCAGCCGCUUUGGAGCCCACUUUGGUGAAUAACACCACCACGAGCGCGCCUGAGAGAGCAAGUGUCAGUACGAGCACAACCACAACAUCAACAGCAACACCGCUCAAUAUUGUAGACACCACAAUUAUAACUCCAAACGAAAGUCAGCUGGACAAUGACGAGUAUAUGGCGAGACAAGCUGUUGAAGAAGGACGUGCGGUCACGCCGAUUGACACCAAAGAGUUAGAUGGACGUAGCGCCUACAUAAACAAUCAAUAUGUGGCCGACGAGGCACCACUGUCAUACAAUGAUACCUCUCCGCCACUCUAUCAAUUUCUGCAGGAGCAAAUGGAGCAAAUACUCGCCUCGAGUUUGCCUGGUGAAUAUCGCUUGGAGAAUAAUGCCAAUAAAGAGAGUAGUGCAGUUGGCAAAGAGAUGGCCACCAAUGGUUAUGGUGUGCCAGCGCUACAAAAUACCGUAAGCAGUCCCGUAUUCGCCUAUGGCGGCACCAAUUUUCAGGAAGAAGACGAUGAUUUGGUAGGAACCUAUGGCAAGGGACCGGAUGAUAAGUAUUAUCAUGGCAUAGCGCCUACCAAGCCAAGCACGCUGGAACUACCGAAACCGAUAAAAGUACAUAACAUUAUUACACGCCCCAAAUUAACGCACACAGCGACAACAACCAGCACCACCACAACCACAGAGACACCGAAAGCACCGAGCUUGGGUGGCUAUGGAGGCGGUCAGGUGUCACUCUCAGCGGUUGCCGCAGCGCAGCAGUACAAGCCACAAGUGUCCAACAAUAACAAUAAUGGUUAUGGCUCACAGCCUAUGUCCAGCUAUAAGCCACAAAUCAAAGAAGAGUAUUAUUCGCCCAACCCGAGCAAGUACACUUAUGUGCGUCAAAAUAGCACAGUGCAUAUGCGCAAACGUCGUAUCACAUUUAAGACGGUGGCGUCUGCAUCACAGAUCAUCUCCACGCCGAUGGCAGAUUUGAUGUUCAAGUACUCGAUUGGUGUGGCGAAGCCUUCGAUGGCGGCCGGUGGCAACUCUUUGUACGAGCAGGAUGAUCAGCCCGUACAUAAUUCUCCUUCAAGCGGUUACAAUGAUAAUCUGGAUCUGCCGAAGCACACGUAUAGCGGUAAAAUAUCACAUAGCAGUCACAGAAAAAAUUAA